AUCAACUUGUCUCAUCAAUUCCAUCAUCUGUCUGUGAGUCACAUGGAGGUGAUCAGCAAUGGAACCCAGAGCCUAAAAAGAUGGCAGGUGGAGAAGGAAAAGCUGGGGUGGAACAUCAAAGACCUUAAUACAUCACUACUGGAGAGGAAGGAAGCAGCAGAGGAAAGUUUGAAGGAAGCAAUGUCUCUGAUAGAAAAUCUUAAUACAUCACUGCUGGAGAGUCUUCAGAAGGUCAAGAAGUCUACAGAUGAGAAGGAAACAGCAGAGGAACAUCUGAAGGAGGCAAAGUUCCAGAUAGAAGAGCUUAAUAAAGGUUUUUGCCCAAAAAAUUGGAUAUUAUUUGGAAAAACAUGUUUACUCUUUUCUGAAAAGGCUGAAACAUGGAAGGAAAGUAAAACAUUUUGUGAAACCAAAGAGUCUCAUAUGAUAGUCGUACAAAAAGAGGAUGCUGCACUGAAGGAUUUUUUAGCUAAAAAACAAGAUUUCUGGGUCGGCAAAGAAUUAAAAGGGAAUUUUUGGAAUCAAGAAUGGAAAUGGCCAGAAUACUAUGAUCACACAUAUUACAAAAAUUGCUGGAAACUACGUAAUGGAAAAUUAGAAGACCAGAGCUGUGAAUACAAGAAUAAAUGCAUCUGUCAAAAGAAUCUGCUACUAACGUCUAUGAAGACUCACGAAAAGUACAAUAAAAAAUAUUUCAGCUUUUCUUUGUGGGACCUGGAGUAUGAAUGUAGACGCCCAUGAUUCUGUUAGAUACGUCACACAGCAGGAUGCGCCGCGUCACCUCUCCGAUUCACAAAAUAUCAGCAUCGAAGAAAAAUGCACAAAAAUUUCACCAAAAAUCGCCAGGAAUCUACAAUCAGUGACAAAACCUCGAAGGAAAAGAAAGGGAGCAGGACACGUCCUCCAGACUGAGAGACUCCAAAGCAUUCAAUAAUCCAGAAUAUAUAGGGAAAGACUAACCAUAACCAUGAUACAUGGAACCGGCCAUCAUCCUGAAUAGUGACAUACAUGUAACAUGUGGAAAUCUAUCGUCAUGGUGACACUCCGUGCCAUCCACCAUUCUGCUCUCUGUGGUGGGCAUGGGCACCAGAUCACUGACCUAGUUUCUGCCCGUCUACCAGACUCCUAUGUCCCAUGCUGUAGGCCACAGUCUGGCUAAAAAGUCUCCGCCUGUGUGUGUAUGAGAGAGACUUUUCCCUGCAGGAGUUAAUUCCCUUUCUGACCCUGUGCUCAGCUGCCUGACUAAUGAGCUCAUAUAUAGCCGUGCUGCUGACCUCGCUUCCUUGCCUGUGCAAUGUUCUCUCUACAGAUAUUUCUAGGUUUUGUCAGCUUGCUAAAUUUGUAAUAGAGCUAUAAUGUUUGUCUGCCUGUGUACCUGACCUCUGCCUGAUUCUGACCUGCAGCUGCCUGACCCAUACCUGUUCACCGUACUGAUCCUGUGCCUCCUGCCUGACCUUUUGGAUUGCUCCAAAGCCAACUCUGACCAUGACCAUUACAAAGUACUAGUAUUGCUUGUUCCUUUGUUGCCACUGACCAGUAUCUCUGAUCCCAGUGGGUCAGCAGUCAGCUACACCAGGAUGAUUCCAAGAGGUGGUGGCCUGGUGGUCCCCCUACAGCAAAAGCCAGGUCCCUUAUAAGGGGUUAAAGGGUGAAAACCAGUGGACUGACAGACUUAGCCUGGUCUUAGCAUUAACCCUCACAUUUAAAUAUCUGUACAAAUGUGUAUCUGUAUGUCGGUACAUCUGUAUACUGAUUCAUCUGAUCAUCUAAAUACCUGUAUGUCUAUAUGUACACCUGUACGUCUGUAUAUCUGUACACCUGUAUAUCUGUACACCUGUACGUCUGUACCGUAUAUCUGUACAUCUGUAUAUCUUUACCUCUGUAUAUCGGUAUACUUGUACACCUGUAUAUCUGUAUACUGGUUCAUCUGAUCAUCUGUGCAUCUAAAUAACUGUAUGUCUAUAUGUACACCUGUACGUCUGUAUAUCUGUACACCUGUACAUCUGUACCGUAUAUAUGUAUGUCUGUAUAUCUGUGCACCUGUAUAUCUGUACACCUGUAUAUCUUUACCUCUGUAUAUCGGUAUACUUGUACACCUGUAUAUCUGUAUACUGGUUCAUCUGAUCAUCUGUGCAUCUAAAUACCUGUAUGUCUGUAUGUAUACCUGUAUGUCUGUACCGCAUAUCUGAACAUCUGUAUAUUUUUAUACCUGUAUAUAUGUACGCCUUUAAGUCUGUGUAUCUGUCCUCACGUACGUCUGUAUAUCUGUACACCUAUAUAUAUGUACACCUUCACGUCUGUAUGUCUGUACACCUAUAUAUAUGUACACCUUCACGUCUGUAUGUCUGUACACCUGUAUAUAUGUACACCUUCACGUCUGUAUGUCUGUACACCUGUAUAUAUGUACACCUUCACGUCUGUAUGUCUGUACACCUGUAUAUAUGUACACCUUCACGUCUGUAUGUCUGUACACCUGUAUAUAUGUACACCUUCACGUCUGUAUGUCUGUACACCUGUAUAUGUGUACACCUUCACGUCUGUAUGUCUGUACACCUGUAUAUAUGUACACCUUCACGUCUGUAUGUCUGUACACCUGUGUGUAUGUACACCUUCACGUCUGUAUGUCUGUACACCUGUGUAUAUGUACACCUUCACGUCUGUAUGUCUGUACACCUGUAUAUAUGUACACCUUCACGUCUGUAUGUCUGUACACCUGUAUAUAUGUACACCUUCACGUCUGUAUGUCUGUACACCUGUAUAUAUGUACACCUUCACGUCUGUAUGU